CCAGAUGUGUCCUAUCCAGAAGUAGUAGAAAACUUUGACAUAAAAGAACAGAGCAGGUGAACUUACCUCUUAAAAAGUGGUGUUAAAUUUCAAAAAGCUCACAAAGAUUUGUUGCAUCAACAAUGGCAGCAGCAACAACAAGGUAUGCAGUUGUCACAGGAGCAAACAAAGGGAUAGGAUUUGGGAUUUGCAAACAAUUGGUUUCUAAUGGUGUCACUGUGGUGCUAACGGCAAGGGAUGAGAAAAGGGGUAUUGAAGCUGUUGAAAAACUGAAAGAGUUUGGUGUGUCUGACCAAGUGCUGUUUCAUCAGCUUGAUGUGACCGACCCUAAAAGCAUUGAAUCCCUUGCAAAUUUCAUCAAAACCCAUCUUGGGAAACUUGAUAUCUUGGUGAAUAAUGCAGGAAUAAGUGGAACUAAUGUUGACCAUGAUGCUUUAGCUGCUGCACGGGAAAAAGCUGACAGUGUCGAUUGGAGAAAAUUCGCAUAUGAAAAUUAUGAAUCUACAGAAGCAUGCAUUAGAACAAAUUACUAUGGAGCCAAAUUAAUGUGUGAAGCAUUUAUUCCCCUUCUAGAAUUGUCAGACUCACCAAGGAUUGUCAAUGUUUCCUCCACCAUGGGGAAGUUGGAGAGAAUACCAAAUGAAUGGGCUAGAGGAGUCCUAAGUGAUGUUGAAAGCUUAACAGAAGAAAAAGUGGAUGAAGUUCUGAAAAAGUUUCUAAAUGAUUUUAAAGAGGGUUCAUUAGAAACCAAUGGGUGGCCACCUGGGCUUUCUGCAUAUAUAGUCUCAAAAGCUUCUUUAACUGCCUACACAAGGGUUCUUGCCAAGAAGCACCCAUCUUUCUGCAUCAAUGCUGUUUGCCCUGGUUUUGUGAAAACUGAUCUCAACUUCAAUAUUGGUUAUCUUGGUGUUGAUGAAGGUGCUGAAAGUGUUGUAAGGUUGGCUCUGCUACCUAAUGGAGCUCCUUCUGGUCUCUUCUUUUAUCGAAGUGAAGUUGCAUCAACAGAGCAGGUAAACUUUCCUGUUAAAAACUGGUGUAAAAUUUCAAAAUGCUCACAAAGAUUUUUUGCAUCAACAAUGGCAGCAUCAACAACAAGGUACGCAGUUGUCACAGGAGCAAACAAAGGAAUAGGAUUUGUGAUUUGCAAGCAAUUGGUUUCUAAUGGUGUCACUGUGGUGUUAACUGCAAGGGAUGAGAAAAGGGGUAUUGAAGCUGUUGAAAAACUGAAAGAGUUUGGUGUGUCUGACCAAGUGCUGUUUCAUCAGCUUGAUGUGACUGACCCUAAAAGCAUUGAAUCCCUUGCAAAUUUCAUCAAAACCCAGUUUGGGAAACUUGAUAUCUUGGUGAAUAAUGCAGGAAUAAGAGGAACUACUGUUGACCAUGAUGCUUUAGCUGCUGCUCGGGAAAAAGUUGAGAGUGUUGAUUGGAGAAAAUUCUCAUAUGAAACUUACGAAGCUACAGAAGCUAGCAUUGGAACAAAUUACUAUGGAGUAAAAUUAAUGUGUGAAGCAUUUAUUCCCCUUCUAGAAUUGUCAGACUCACCAAGAAUUGUUAAUGUUUCCUCCACCUUGGGGAAGUUGGAGAACAUACCAAAUGAAUGGGCUAGAGGAGUUCUAAGUGAUGUUGAAAGCUUAACAGAAGAAAAAGUGGAUGAAGUUGUGAAAAAGUUUCUGAAUGAUUUUAAAGAGGGUUCAUUAGAAACCAAUGGGUGGCCAAGGCCUUCUGCAUAUAUAGUCUCAAAAGCUGCUUUGACUGCCUACACAAGGGCUCUUGCCAAGAAGCACCCAUCUUUCUGCAUCAAUGCUGUUUGCCCUGGCUUUGUGAAAACAGAUCUCAACUUCAAUAGUGGCUAUCUUGGUGUUGAUGAAGGUGCUGAAAGUGUUGUAAGGUUGGUUCUGCUACCUAAUGGAGGCCCUUCUGGUCUCUUCUUUUCUCAAAGUGAAGUUGCAUCAGUCUGAUAUAAGGUCUGUUGUGUACUUGAAGAGAAUGAAUAAAUAACAAGCUAUGUGUCUCAAAUAUGUAUCUUGCACAACAAGAAAAUAAGGCACAUAUCCACCCAUCAUUGCUGAGAACAACCUUAAGGUGAAUUGCAGAUAUUACAGGAUUAUGUUGCCAAUAGUGGCUAACUACAGACAUUAAUAAUUUGAGAAAUUUAAUUGAGACACAGUUUAUUGUUUGUUAA